CCAUUUUCACUUUUGGCGCUUGGUGCGCGUGAGUGCUGCUCAUAAACUGUUGGAGCAGAUUUUUGUCUCGGCAUUGACCGAUAAGAGCCUGACCAACCCACAGGUAACAACACCAGACAUGGUGCAAUCAGAUAACACUUUGAACUAUAGAUUCUAAUCUGAGUUUCUGGUGCCUAACUUCAGUGGGUUCGCUAAUAACGUUAGCCACUUGGACAGUAGGCUACUUAAUUUGGACACAUUAAACGCGCAACCGGUGUCUCCUCUUGCCUGUCUACUUUCCCACAGAGAAGUAGCCUAUCCUAUUCUACUGUUUCAAUUGGUCCUCAGCUCUGCAGAGGAGUCGACAAACUUCCUGAGGCUGGCUGAACGAACCUGUGGUGACACCUGUUGCUCUUCCGCGAGCGCCAGGUAGCAGCAGCUGCCGCCGUUGUGAAGGUCGACCGAAACUCGCCGAAUUCGUACAAACAUUUUACCCAUGUAGAUCCCUUGAGGAUAUUGGACGUUACUAUCGACAUGAAAGUGACAGUGAACUUCGGAAGAACAGGUGUGGUUGUUCCCUGCAAAGAUGGCUGGGUCGUGCGGGAUCUUAUUGAACAAGCUACCCAAAGAUACAGGAAGGUUGUUGAACAGGAUGGGGAGGUGCGCGUGCGAACGCACCAUGUGGAGUACGCCGACGGGGGGAUCCUGGACCCAGAUGACAUCCUGACUGACCUGGUGGAGGACCGUGACAAGCUGGUGGCGGUGUUUGAAGAGCAGGAGGUCCACCAGAGGGCGGUGGUGAGCCCGGGUGGCAGCGUGGCGUCUGGCCGCUCUAGCGCCGCCUCCACCUCUCCAGACCCGGAGAUCAGCGCCCUCAUGCCCGCCGCCGGAGCCGAGAUCGAGGUCACCAGAUCCGCCCUCAAGUCCAAUACGCCCCUGCUGGUGAGAAGUAGCAGUGACUCUGCCCUUGCCCCCCAGCCGGAGAGCGAGACGCCGGAGCCCCCGCCACAGAGCCCUGACAGCAGCCCUCCUCCUCCUCCUCCUGGCCCGGCCCCGGCUCCACUCCUGGUCCUGCCCCCAGCACCAUCCAUAGGACCGGCGGUCAGCAAUGCGGUGAGCCACCCCCAGAGUAAAGGAGGAGGAGUCAUGGAGAGAUUCCGGAACGCCAAGCUACAGAACAGCAGCCUGACGCGGACGGUGGAGUUCUCAGGAGACCUGGGACCACUGGGGAUCAAGGUGGUGCCAUACCUAUCCUCACUCAGUGGAAGGGCUCUGGGUCUUCAUGUGCGGGGCCUGGAGGAGAGCGGCCGGGCCUACAGGGAGGGCAUCUUCCAGGAGAACGAGUGCAUCGUGCAGAUCAAUGACACUCCACUAAUGGACAAGACAUUCGCCCAGUCCCAGGAGGUCUUCAGGCAGGCCAUGACGUCGUCCCAGCCAGUUCGCCUGGAGGUGCUGCAGCCGACCAACAAGCUCCGCUACGAGAAGACCCUAAUUGGACAAAUCUUCAACCAAGCCGGGCCUCCGGACGUUUUCCCCAAACCGGCCCGCAGCCCCCACCUACUGCGCCAAAAGCUGGACGCUCUCCGACUGGACGACAAGGCCCCCACCCUCAACCCCUCUCGCUCCCCUGACGUGCCACUGGCACUCACCCCGUCCCCUACACCCCCUGCUGCUGCUCCUGUCAAGGCCCCUUCCCCAGCCCCUGUCAAGGCUCCCUCUCCAUCCCCAGCCCCUGUGAAGGCCCCUUCACCAUCCCCUACCCAGGUCAAGGCCCCUUCACCAGCCCCAUCCAUAUCCCCAGCUCCGGUUAGAGUGUCCACCCCUAAGAUGGAAGAGCCUCCAGCCAGGGGCACCCCGGAGCUCCAGAGGGGGUCCACUCCCAGGGAGUCCACCCCCACACCACCACCACACAGGGCAGCCUCGGCCUCCCCCACCCCCACCCUGGGCAGGGCCCAGAGCGAGAGCCCCCAGCCCAAGAAGGGAGGGCCUGCACUCGCCUCCCUGGUCAACAUGGCUACUAAGAAAGGAGGGAAGAAGAUGAAGAUUGACCUGAAAAAGGGCACGGAGGGCCUGGGCUUCACGGUGGUGACGCGGGACUCCUCGGUGCACGGGCCGGGGCCCAUCCUGGUCAAGAGCAUCCUGCCCAAGGGGGCCGCCAUCAAGGACGCACGCCUGCAGUCCGGGGAUCGCAUCCUGGAGGUGAAUGGCGUGGACAUCACGGGCCGUACCCAGGAGGAGCUGGUGGCCAUGCUGCGCAGCACCAAGCUGGGGGAGACCGUGGCCCUGGUGGUGGCCCGCCAGGAGGAAGUCUUCCUGCCCAGAGAACUGAAGGGUGAGCCCGGCAGCGUGCUUCUGUCGGAGGAGGGCCGCGAGCAGCUGGUGCUGGAGGUGCCGGUGAACGACUCGGGCUCGGCCGGCCUGGGGGUCAGUCUGAAGGGCAACAAGUCCCGCGAGACCGGCGAGGACCUGGGCAUCUUCAUCAAGUCCAUCAUCCACGGAGGAGCCGCCUACAAGGACGGCCGUCUCCGGGUGAACGACCAGCUGGUGGGCGUGAACGGCGAGUCCCUGGUGGGACGCUCCAACCACGACGCCAUGGAAACACUGCGGCACUCCAUGUCCACCGAGGGCAACCUGCGCGGCUCCAUCCAGCUCAUGGUGCUGCGGGCCCUGGACCGCUCCUCCCCAGCCCAGGAGCCUGUGGAGGUGGUGUCAAAUCAGGCUCUGGUUCCGGAUGCUUCUCCGAGCCAGCCCAGCAUGGCCCAGCAGCCACCAAUGGUGGUCAACAGCAUCUAUGAAAGCGCUCCAGCAUCUCUGCGCUCCAACGGCAGCUAUGGCCUUCCAGAGGAGGACUAUGAUGACCAGGGCUUCCCCCCGCCCCCCUCACACCUCGCCGUGGAGCCAGACCUGAGCCCGCAGCACCCCUAUGGAGCAGACAUGGCGACGAGGAACCCUUCACCCUACUCCUCUCAUCACCUGAGCCAACCCCACAGCCUCCCCAACAGCCUCCCCAACAACAACAGAGCAUCCAAGAGCAUGGACCUGGUUCCUGAUGAGGGCAACAUCGGCUCCAUGGUUGGACUGCCAGCCGGUGCUGCCGGCGGGGCUCCUGAGGAGCUGGGUCCCACCCUGGGCCUCCAGAAGUCCAGCUCGCUGGAGAGCCUGCAGACGGCCGUGUCGGAGGCAGGCAGGCCGGAGGUGCCCUUCCACCGGCCCACCACUCACGUGGUGCGCGGACGCACCUGCAACCAGAGCUUCCGCAUCGCCAUCGACAAGUCCUACGACGGACCCUCCGAACCAGAGGACGAUGACUCUGACGAGAGCUCUGGCAGAGAGACGGCGAACAGCGGCUCCUCCCGCCAGGACCUGGAUGAGGUGGGCAAGAAGAAGAAGAAGAAAAAGAAGGAGAAGAAGAGCAAGAGCAAAUCGGACGACCCCGACAAGAAGACCAAGAAGAGGUUUGGACUGCUCAGGUUUGGGAAGAAGAAUAAAGACAAAGAGGCGAAGGCCAAAGCCAAGCUGGAGGCAUGGAGUGAAGAGGAGCUGGACCGCAAGGCUGAGGCCUCCAGGAGUGAGGUAGACAGCCCCACCGCCGACCGGGUCCUUCUGCCCGACGUGGAGGACGACGAUCUGGACCCCAACUAUGCCCGCAUCAACAACUUCCGCCAGCCGCCCACCUCUGCCCCCGCACCCUCUGCCUCCCAGCCCCCCUAUGUGCCCCCUGGUGGUCCCACCUCCUCCUCUGCCCCUGCCCCCACACACAGCAGGGAGCCGUCGGGAGAGGACCCGCGAGAGGGCCUCUACGCCAAGGUCAACAAGCAGAGAGCUCCACCCCCGGCCGUGACAGACAGCAAUGGGGAUCGUGUGCAGCAGAUCAGGCAGCACCUCCAGCAGUCCCGCAUGGCUCCACCUUACGAGGAGGUGGAGACCCUACGCAGACACCAGCAGGACUACCAACCGCCACGGAUGCCAGUGAGCGGACACGACCAGAGAAUGGCUCCGCGAUAUGAGGAUGUGUACGCUCAGGCCAGGCGAAUGCCAGUAGAUGAGCGCCCUCCGCCGCAGCUCUACUCCCCCAAGAGAGACGCCGGUGGCCGCCCCGCCCCGCAGUACAACUACAACCAGCCGCCUCCCCAGCGUGACCCCUACCCGCUCAACUACCCGCCCGCCGCCUACGCCCUGCGAGAGAGCUACUCCGUGCCCGACGCCGCCUACCCCCUGGGGGGGCGGCAGGGUGGCGGUGGCGGUGGGGGGGUGCCGCCGGGCUCCCCGCGGCUGCCCGUGCCCCGCUCCGCUGAGAUGCCGCGUCGCUACGUGCAGCCCGCGUACCCCUCCCCGCCGCCCAUCCACCGGGUGCCCCUGCGCCAGGACGUGCUGCCCCCGCCGCAGUCGCCCACCCUGCGGCCGGCUCCUCGCUACGAGCAGGUGAUGGCCCGGGGAGGAGGAGGAGCGGCGGGAGGAGCUGCGGGAGCAGGGGGAGGGUACCGCACCGCAAGCCCAGAUCACUAUGGAGCGUACGGGGAGGCUGGGACGCAUCCGCAGGACCCCCGGCAGAAGAACUCCCUUAUUGGGGCUGUGUAGGGAAGAGCAGGGAGGGAGGACGGGACGGGAGGGGGUGAGAUUGCUGAUUACUGAUGGAUAACUAUCACUGUAUUACUGUUACAAUGAACACCAUACUGUACUUUUUGGUUGUGUCUGUGGGUGAAGCAAGAUGGGGGAACUGACGGCUUGCCAAUUGGUGGAAUUUUUGUUUGUUUGUUUUAGUCUGUUUGAGGGAGAAGGAAAAUGGAUGGAGUGGAGGUGUGGCAGUUGGGUAAUUAUUUGUAUUUGAAGUGUGAGGGGAUGGAUAACAAUAGGCUGAAGAUCAGAGAUUGUGUUGAAACAACUAUACAUACUUGGUUUGUGUUUUAAGGUGUUUUUCGUGAGUGUGGGUGUAUGUGACUGUGAAAGAAAGACUGUGUGUGGACUCCUGGUGUCUUGGUAUAUGGCGGUGUGUGUUUUUUAGUCAUUCCUCCUGACUUCGUCAGAGAAUUUCAGCAGUAUGCAUGCAUUUACUUUGCUCAGGUGUUCAUGUGUGAGUGUUAUGUGUGGUGGGUGCGUGUACAGUAUGUGUAAGUCCACAGCAGUAGGAGUGUGGCUGUUCCCACAUAAAUCUGUCAUCUGCAUGGCCGUUUUCUCUGACUGUGUCUGUUGUAAGUAGUGUAACUUAUGGUGUGUGGGAUCUGUCUUUGUAUAAACUGUGAAUCAUUGAUCAAGCCCAGCUGGUUGCCAAUGAACCUAUUCCUACUGUAUAUGCUUUUUAGAUGUAUGUGCCAAUUUUAUAUACUGUACUGCAACCAGUGAUCGACAACGUGGAUUCAUUCAUUUACAAUCUAGGUCACAUAUUCCAAAUAACCAGGGAAGUAUUCCAAGAAUGUGACGUAGUAGUAUGCCAGGUUAGAUUGCCCUUGAGAUAGUGGUAAAUCAUCUAAUAGAAGAGCCUGGAGUUCCCAUUUUCAUAGCUAAAUGACACCGGUGGAGUAUAUUAGCAGGUUUACCCCUUCCUGUAGGUUAAUUUAGCCAGGUCAUUACUUAACCUUGUUCUUGGAAUAGUAGCCUGGUUUUAACUGGUGAUUGCCUGAUUGAAAGACCAUCUGGUUGAAUUGGACAGAUAGAAGCAGGUCGUUUAGAAUAUGUGGCACUGGAUUGUAACUAAUGAACCCAGGUUGCCCUUCGCUGGUGGCGACGUGUCACGCAAGGAGGAGUACAGUAAGGGGAAAUAUAAACACGGCCGCGUGAGAAGAUAAACUAUAAAUCAAGCAAUCGGUGCCUUAAUCAAUCUGUUCAGUGCAAUACAAUGGUGUAUAUACUUCUGUCGUGGACGGUGGCAUGUGGAAAUAAAGUUAGGAUGUAUUUUAUGGCCAAAUCUAUAAAUAUUACCGUAAGCCAACAAUAUUGCUUCCUACUGUUACCUUGGGUCAGCCCAGAUGCAUUUUAAACUAUUGUGAGUCUUGUUUCCGUAUUUAAUGAUGAGAGGAAGUCUGUGUGUAUUUAGGGGGAAUUGUGUGCAUCUGCGUGGGUGUGUGUACGUUUGUACGUGUGUGUGUGUGUGUGUGUGUCGGGGGGGUGGUGAUUUCCUACAACUCAAAGUCUGUUGGGACAUGGAAGGUACAAGUGUGGCCCCCUUUUCUGUGUGUGCUUGUGUGUGUACGGUUUGUGCGUGCGUGCGUGCGUGUCUCUGUACGCCUUCAUGCAUGUGUGUCUGUGCGUGGGCCUGUUUGUGCGCGUGUGUGCAUGUGUGUGUGUGUGUGCGCGUUGUGCACGCAUGCCUGGGCGUGUGUAUGUGUGCCCUGUUCUGUUAACUCACCCCCACAGAACAAAGAGGAGAUGUUAGGUGGUAAACUAACAAGAUCACAGCGGAGUGGAAGGUCUCCACCGAAGGGAAGCGCACAGGAAAAAUAAGGCGGCUCCAAAACCAGCCUCCCACCUCCUUUGACCUUGGGUGGGUUUGAGGUCGUACUCUCCCUUUGUUUUUCGUUGCUCUGUUUUCUUUUUUUUUCUUUUAAUUAUUUAAAAUUGUUACACCAGUCUCUUUUUUUGGUCUGCAUUGUGCCUUUUUUUCCACAACAUUGUUUUUUUUUCCCCAUAGCAUCAUCCUUUUGGGAUUUGGUAUUCUCUGAAAGAUUUUUUUUUUU